AUGAGUUUAUCUCUCUCUUUUUUGCUUUGUUCUCGUCAACUUACGAAUUCAGAACUUCCCACAAAUGCCAGUCAAGGAGAAAUGGUGAUUGAUGAUGCAGCAAGUAAGUAUGUUUAUGAUUAUACGCACUAUUAAAAAAGAGUCUCUCUAGUUCUCUGGGAUUGUAAAAUACAUGACUGAUAGAGUUAUGUACCAAGCGAGAAAGGGAAAGUUUGUAUUUCUUUACUUGUUUUGUUGUAAAUCUUUGAGCAGAGUCCCCGCACACAAGUGAAUACCAUUUCUUGAAAGAAUAUAAAAAAAAAAGCCUUUAUGGAAAUUCAGAUAAACAUUAUAGAAAGCUUUUGGUUGUUGUUGUUGUUUUUUUUUUAAUAUAUAUCGAGUAUAUUUUUCUUGCUUUUCAGACCUAGAAAUUGCAUGCCACAGUGAUUUCAUUGAAGUGACUGUGGAAAGCAAAAACUACCCCGGCCUUGACACCAAUGUAACUCAUCUUGAAGAUGAGGCGUGUGUGCCCGUUUAUAAAAAUGACUCCAAGGCUGUAUUCAGAUUUGGCUUAGAAGAAUGCAAGACCAAACACGAGGAUGAUGGAAAGAUGGUGUCGUAUAGUAACAGGAUCAUUGCAGUAGUAAGGGAUGUGGUUGAUGAGGCAGACAUCACUCGAAAGAGCACAAGAAUACUUCCCUUCAAGUGUUCAUACCAAAAGAAGACCCUUCUUUCCAAAGUGUCAUAUUCUCCUCGUUACGUCCAGGUGGUUACAGACGCAGGUUUGUACUAAUACUACGUUUGGUGUUAACACCAAGCUUUUCUUUGUACUCUACAUCUUUCAGCAAAUGCAUUUAAAAAAUGACGGAGAAUUUGUUAUUUUCAAAGUAAAAAAUUGCUUAUUAACAAUUUUUUGUGUGUAACAGACAAGAAAUUGACGAGAGACUCUAUCAUUGAUGGAGGAUAACUGUUCAAUCUUAUCAUUUUGUUUCCCAUUCAGCCGAAAGUUGUUACCUUUUCUUCAAGAGGUGGUGAAAAAUUCAUUUAAUUUUUAUUCAUCAUGACUUGUAACACUUGUAUAUUGCUUAUAUUACUUCAAUUUAUGCCUUAGUAAGUAAGUACUUGCGCUAUGUACUUGCGCUAUGUACUUGCGCCUAGUACUUUAGUAAGUACUUGCGCAAUGGCUGGUCAAUUUAGCGGGCCAUAUUUCAUGUACUACAGGGCCUGCUAAACUCAAAAAUUUGAUUAAAUCGAAAUCUUCCCCUUCUAUUUAAACCCAGAGAUAUGAUAGAUAUCCUACCAACCUUGUUUAUCCAGUCCGUACAGUAAGUUAUACUAUGAUUUAUGGCUUGCGUGCCUUGCGCUUGGGCCAUAAAUUUGAGCGGAAAAUACUCGGUCUAUAACUUACAGCACGGACCUCGAACUCUUUAUUCACUCAGGCCAAAUGUUUUUUCUUCAUUUUUAUUUCUUUUUUGAUAGAGAAUUACGGUAAUUUCACUUACCUUAUGAACAUGUACACUGAUAAGGAAAACUCAAAAAAGGUAGAGAAAUUCCCGCUCUUGGUUGGUAUCAGCCAGCGCUUGUACAUCAGCUUGAAGGUGCAAUCAGGUGACUCGGAUUUGAGCUUGUUCCCGGAUGAAUGCAAAGCAACACCUUCAACAGAGUACAAUGCUAAACCGGACCAUAAAAUGAUCGAGCAAGGGUAAGUUGUGGCCCAAUACGCUUUGCUAACGCAACAUUUGUAAUGGAAUAGGUGCGGUGCGCCCUCGCAAAAAUGACAGUGUACAGAUUGUCUGAAAACAUGUCAAUCAGUCUUAAACAGUGCAGCGAGUUAAAAUUGACGGCGUAAUCGUUAAAAACAAUGGAAUAAAUUAUUGUGAAUUUCGAAAUAUAGCAACAAUCUCUUGUAUUUGGAAAAUUUAAUUUUACAUAUUCAUUGUAAAUCGCACUUGAAAUCAUUUGUCUAACAUAAACCACUUUUGGGGCGGCUAAGGACAAUUUCCCUGUUAAUAUUGGGUACAUAUGCAAAACAUCAAAAAGGUUUGAUUACUCGUUAAUGUUUUGUUGACGAUGAGACUGAAUUAGCGGAAAAGAGAAGAUUAACUUUUGGCCUCGUUACACUCACACCCUGAUUGGAACUGUACUCACUCACUCAGGUUUACAAAAUUUUCAAACAAUAAUGGUUUUAACAUCGCGCAUGUUCGCAUUUCAUCGUGAGAUUGACAGUAACAAAAUGUUUGCCAAUGUCAACUCCUUCUAGCUGCCCACGCGACAGAUACUUGGAGUACGAAUACGAAAAAUCAGCCUAUCAGAACUUCAGCUUUGUGGCCUUUCGUUUUAAGAAAGGAUACGACGACGUUUACAUUCACUGCAAGCUGACUGUCUGUCGCUCAGACGACGAGAAGUCCAAAUGUGAUUCGGGAUGUCAAGAAGAGGGAAAUCAGUCCAGGAGAAAGAGGAAUAUCCACGACGAAUAUCGUACUGAACUGUACGUCGGACCAAUCAAAAUGACUAAUGAACAAGAUAAAGGUGAGUUAAUAAAAUUUAAAGUUUUAGUCGGCGUCGUUGGAGUUUUAUUGAGUGCUAAAUGAAAAAAACAAAACAAAACAAAACAAAACAGAAACAAACAGACAAAAAAUAAAAACAAGCAAAACAUUGGCGUCGGAGCCACCAAUCUGUCCCAAUCCUCUUACAGCUUUGUCACUGAACGCCACAAAGUGAAAACAAAAAUUUACCUAGACAAGCUAGUAAAUACCUGUAUAUAUCUUAUGGGCUUUGAAAAGGGAUAAAUAUAUGAAACCUCUAAUAGUGUAAAAGGCAGCAUAGUUUGCAGAUAACCUAGUUGAAAAAUAACUGGGUUUGUUUCACAACAAGGUUACUCUCGGUCUCAUUUCUGUGCACAGGCUUGGUAACUUGGUAUUUUGACUCCUAAGGAACUGGUACGGGAGAAGAAAAGGGCGAGAAAGUUAGGGGGGAGCAAGGAAGGUCGGGGAAGGGAGGGCCGGUUAAAAGGAACAAGCACCUUGACAUUCCAAAUGUUACUUUUUUUUGUUUAACAAGCUAAUUCGUGUGCCAGAAAUAAAGGAUAAUUCAAUUGUUCUUUUAGUGUAUUCAAAAACUUGAGUAAAUCUUUGUUUGAAAUAUUUGCCGCCAAGAUUUCUACAAUUCUCUUUUUUUUUUUUGCAAUAAUUGUCAUCAUUUUUGUUUUCAGCCAUGAAAUCUGGUGAAACUCCAACCAUAAUCAAGGACAAAUCCAAGACGGUCUUGUUGGUUGGAGUGUUGGCGGGGGUCUUGGGUACUAUAUCUCUGGGGCUUGUUGGAGCACUCAUUAUUGGGACCCGACGUGGCCGUCAUUCAGAAACUGGGGCCACUUUGCUUGUUCAAGACGACUAA